AAAUCUGUGAACUAUUUUAGUUGCAACCAGCCUUAAACGACGAAGAACUGGGCGUGACACACACACACAGAUACAUAUACAAACAUAAAUGAAUAUAUGUUUGUAUAUAUACACACUGCUUCCAAAAGACUGGGUAUAAAUAUAUACAAGCGACAGUGGUGAAUAUAUACAUAGAAAGAUAGGUAUGUGUAUAUAUUUAUACACAUACUGCCUGCAGUAAGAGUGACGGAUGUAUACAUAAAUGUAUAUAAGGAUAUGCUGAUGUGUAUAUUCUGAUACUGCUGAAGAAUAAUCUGAUUUCCUUGCCAAACAUACACAUCUGCUGGACAUCUAGCAGAACCCCCUACAUCUGGUGAACACAUAGAGGACCCUUAUAUCCAGUACACAUCUGGUGAGCAUCUAGCAGGUAUCAUUCAUAGCAGAGAGGCAUCCAGCAAGGUUUCUUCAUCCCGCGUGGUGUUGACCAGUCAUGGCAUCGUACGGGCAACUUGGCAAUGAUCGAGGCUAUUCCUCAUACCAGUCGGGUGGACAAAGCUACAGCCACAGUGAGAAUGAGAAUGAGUUUGCCAGGCUCUCCAAAUCCGUCAGCAACAACAUACAGAAAAUUGUCAAAAAUGUUGCUGAACUACAAAGAAUGGUUCAACAUAUUGGAACUGCAAAAGAUUCUACAGAUUUACGAGACAAACUGCAUGAGAUCCAACAUUACACCAACCAACUGGCAAAAGAAACAACUUCUUACCUCAAAGAACUGGCUCACUUCCCGCAACCAGCCUCUGCAUCUGACCAGCGUCAGCGUAAGAUGCAGAAUGAACGACUGCGUUCCGAGUUCAGCGAUGCUUUGAAUAAUUUCCAGACAGUGCAGAGAACUGCGGCCGAGAAGGAGCGAGCCAGUGUGCACCGGGCUCGCGCCCAUUCCGGUUAUGGGCCCAUGGAUUUUGCUGAAGAGAAGAGCAGUGAUGAUCAUCUGGUUAAUGUUGGAGGGUUCUCUCAAACAAAGCAGGUGUUACAGAUGGAAGAAGAUGUGGACCUACAAUUGAUCCAAGAACGAGAAGAGGCAAUAGUGAAACUAGAGAGUGAUAUUCGAGAUGUGAACCAAAUAUUUAAAGAACUUGGAGUCAUGGUGCAUGAACAAGGAGAAGGAAUAGACAGCAUUGAAGCAAACGUUGUAAGUGCUGAGAUCAGCAUAGAAGAAGGCGUUGUACAGUUAAGCAAAGCAAAAGAAUACCAAACCAAAGUUCGAAAGAAAAAAUGUUGUAUUCUCGUAACAGUAGUUGUUAUUGUUGUUCUCAUUGGUGUCAUUUUGGCCAUUUAUUAUGGAGCAACAUCCAGCAAUUAGAAACGCUCCCGGAGGAACAUGUGUGUAAUUCUGUUGGUGGUAUUGGCCAUAGUGGUGUUACUGUCUCUGAUUAUAUGGGCUGCAUCCAGCUGAAUAACGACAUGAUUGGUUGAUUGAUGGCUCCUUGAACAAGGAGACAACGGAUGAGAAUUAUAAAUCAGAGGAAAGACAAAUUUGCAAGAAAAAUACGUAAUAAUACUUUAAUAAAAAAAAAAAAAGAAAUCGAAACAGGAAAUAAGGAGUUUACCCACCACCACCACCACUACUACUACUGUUACUACUACUACUACUACUCACACUGCUACAACUACUACCACCUUUUUACUUGUUUUUUUUUUCUCAUCUCUUUUGCUUCUUCAAACUGAUAUUAUGUUGUUAUGUUCCCUGUUGCUCCAGCUGGACGGAUCACCCGGUCGGAGUGUCAGUUAGUCCAUUGUUGAAUUAACCGUGGCAGUGGCUCCCCGUGUGGUGCCACCCUUGCCUUUUUUUUCUCUCUCUCUCUCCUGUAACUGCAUUUACUAUUGGAAAGCGUGUUCGAAACGGCUGUAGUGGCAACAACAAGAACAACUACUACAACAAUAAUACCAAUAGCAACAACAACAGCAACAACCCCAGCAACAACAAAAACACAUUUACUAUUGGAAAACGUGUUCGAAACAGCUGUAGUGGCAACAACAAGAACAACUACUACAACAAUAAUACCAAUAGCAACAACAACAGCAACAACCCCAGCAACAACAAAAACACAUUUACUAUUGGAAAACGUGUUCGAAACAGCUGUAGUGGCAACAACAAGAACAACUACUACAACAAUAAUACCAAUAGCAACAACAACAACAACAGCCACUCCAGCAACAACAAAAACAAUAAUAAUGGUAACAACAGUAGCAAUAACUAUGGUGACCACCACCACAGCAGACAUAUCAUGUAACUGUUUCCCUUUGGUUUUUGGGUUUUUUUUUUGUCAUUUUCUCUAAAUUUGUUU